UAAAAAAAAAAACAUGAGUUGUCAGCUCUACAAAAGAAAUUUGACGUUAAAGCAGUUUUGACAACAAGUGGAAAAGAUUUGUUGAAAAGUGCGGAAAAAAACGGUGUAAAUGUGCUGAAACGAAAAUUUACAGUUAAAUAUCGUAAAUUCUGAAUAUUUUAAAUAAAUAUAUACUAUAUAUUAUAAUAUAUACUAUAUAUUUAAGACUAAAGUUGGGACUAAAUACAAUUGGUACUCAUAUCCCGCCGAACGCUGGCAUUAUUUUGAAAAAAAUAAUAUUUUAAAAUUUUUAGUACGUUUAAAGGAAAGCAAAAUAAAUAAUUACGAAAUUCUGGAUAAGAACUCUUCUAUCAUGGCAAAUGAAUUUACGCAUUUCCAACAAAUGCAAAAUUUGUGCUUGCAGGAACUAAACCAAUUGCAGACGAAUUUAAAUAAUACCGUGGAAGCAACCAAAAUGCUAUUAAAUAGUUUUAAUGAAAAUAAAUACAACUACAAUGAGUAUUGUGAAGAAUCACUCACAAUUUACGACAAAUGUGUAACAACUAUCACGGAAAUAAUGAAUGCUUCAAGAAAAGCCAAUGUUAAGUUUAAAUUAAAAUUGUCGGAGGUUCGUGAAUAUAUACAAUAUUACUACAAAAGAGACGCGCAUUGUCGUGAAAAGGCAGUGGUUGCUUCUAAACUAAAAGCAAUUGCGUUCCAUAGUCAUGAAACGGUUAAAGCCAAUGCCAUUAACAUCGAAACAGAAACGAUUGAUAACAAUACGAACAAUAACAUAGGUAGCCCUUACUUAUGUGUAGAUAAAAAAAUGUAUAUGGAAGGUUCAAUUAUAGCUGGUUACAUUUCACAUAUUGAAAAUCUGGAAGAUUUAAGUUUUUAUAUAAUGGAUCCUGGUUCAACAGAUGUGCCACUUUUAGAAGAACUUGCCAAAAAAAGAGAUUUAAUAAAAUAUAAGACUCAACCUUCGUACAAUGUUAUAUUUGGGUUAGAAAUAGAUAAUGUGAUGAUACGAGCUAUUUUUACGAAACUUGAUUCUCUGAAUACUUCAAACUAUCGAAAAGCGCUAUUACUUGACUACGGCGACAAAGUAGACAUUACCGAAUCAACUGUUUUUUAUCAGUUAGAUGAGAAGUAUAAAGCAGUACCAGCCCAAGCCAUUUUUUCCAAACUAUGUUCAGAAAAGAAAAACUAUAUUGAAUUACAAAAAAAAAUAGAAAAUCUUGUUACAAAUAUAGUUCAUUUUCGUGUAAAAUGUAUUGAAAAUGACAUUUUAUAUUUAUAUUUUUACGAUUGUAUAACGAGUUCAAAUGGGCCAGUUACACCAAACCGUUUUGGCCAUAUGCAGAUAAGUAAAGCAACAGUAACAACCAACGGUUGGAGAACUGUUCCUGAAGAAAAUAAUCAAUAUGAUGAUAUGAGUUCAUAUUUUAAAGAACCUACAACAACAAAUGCUUUAAAAGCCAUAAUGGGCUACAUACCUAAAGAUGAUAUAAAGUUAUGUGAGUUUUAUGAUCCUAAAACAGGAGGUUGUUUUAAAGGUAAACAUUGUACCAAGGAACACAAACCAAAACCAGUAAAUGGUACAACAAAAGACAUGCAAAUAACGUCUAAUGUUAUAAAUUACAAUGAGAAGAGAUUUUUGAAGAAUGCUGUGAUAUGUGUACAACCUACUUAUAUAACAAGGCUCGAUCAAAUGUACUGCACUAUAGUAAGCGACAAACCAAAUGAUACGCAUAUUUGGACUGAUAAAGAAAUUUGGAGGCCUUUAAACAAACUUCCACAUUUGCAUGAUAUGGUACUCGCAAGAUACGAUGAUGAUGGAUAUUGGUACCGCGGUAAAGUUGUUGAUGAAGAUGCACUUCAAAAUGUUGUAAAAGUAUUUUAUGUAGAUUAUGGUAACACUGAGACUGUUACCUUAGAAAAUUUAUCAGCUUGUGAAUCCAGUAUUGCACGGUUGCCGUACCGAGCUAUACUUUGUAAAAUGGCACAUGUAACCGAUAUCACUGAAACGGAAGAAGAACGCGCUGACGGCCUUCAUCUGUUGAAAAAUAAAAUUUUAAAUCAUAAUUUAGAUGCUGAAGUAGUUGUUGACUACGAAGAUAUAGUAAUAAAAUUUUUAGAUGACGACAUAAUCGAAUUAUUUGAAACUCUUAAAAAAAUGAAUUAUGUAACUAAUUGUGCUUAAUGUUUGUAAAUAGCAAAAAA